AUGUUACCGUCCAGAGGUUAUUUUAAAAAAAACGAUUGUCCUUUUUUCAUCAAUAAUAUAUGUGAACGACCUCAUUGCCAUUAUCGACAUAAGAAAGUCAUAAGCGAAAAUUCAUCAAGCUCAGAUUCUCAAGAUAACUCAUGUCAAAGUCCUACAAAUAUUCCUGACAGACUUAGUUCAAAUGCUGAAAAUUAUGUUCCACCUGAAAUAAAUAAAAAUAUAACGACAAAUGAUUCACAGCAUUCCUCUGCAAGUUCGAAAGAAAAUGAAACAAGUCACGAUUCACUUUUUGCCAAAUUAGUUAACCAAUCGAAUCCUUAUGGAAAAACCAGCAGGCAUAUUCCUUGCGCAUACACUCCUACUCCUCAAAUCACAAGUGUACAACCGAAGAAUAGAGCUGUUAGUGCUAAAAUUAAUGUUCAUAGUUCAACAGGUUUAGAUAGAUUAGCUAAAACUGAAAAAUAUAGUGGUGGUUACAAUUUAGUCGAUAAAGAAAAUAAUAGUAGUUAUACUCCAAGUUCGAAUAACAAUUUAAACACUUUAAAAAACAUUUCUAAUAAUUUUACUAAUAAUGAAUCGAAUAGUGAAUAUUCAGUCGAAUCGGCUAGCAAUACAAAUUCUUCUAAUGAUUCUCAUUAUAGUUAUUCUGUUUUCGAUGAUAAAAAUGUAAAUUCACUUUCAUAUGAACCACAAUCAGCCACAAAAUCAAUCAUAAAUAGCUUAAAUAGUAAUUUAUCUGAAGGUUGUUCGACUAGUUAUGUGCCAAGUAAAACCACAAUAUCAGAAAGUAAAUAUGAACCAAAAUGCAGUGAUUCUUCAUUGCCCAAUGACUAUGUUCCUAGCAAAGAAAAAUGUCAAAAAAAUCAAUAUGUUCCUGAAGGGAGUACCUCGGUUGAAAAUGAAGUUAUGUAUAAACCUUCAGACAAAUCCUCUUUGGGUGAGACUCCUUAUCAGCCUAAUGUAGAUAAUAUUGUAGCUGAUUAUAUUCCCACUAAAAAAUCAGCAACAAAUUCUUCUAAUCAUCAUUCGUGGUUAGAUAAAGACCAAAGUAAAUGGACUGAAUUCGAUUUCAUAUCAUCAGAAAUUGAAAUGAUGAAAAAAUUACUCAGUGAAGAUGAAAAACCACAAAAUGUACAAGAAGGGACUGAGGAAUCCAUUAGCAAUAAUAAAAAAAAAGAAAGUGAAAAAGAAAAAAGUUGUAAUUCUUCAAAGAGCAGGCACAGUUCAAGUUCAAGACAUAAAUCUAAGUCAUCGAGUCGUAGUCAUAGCCGUUCUAGGUCAAAGUCUAGGCAUUUACAAUCAUCAAAUUCAAAACAUUCUUCCCGAUCAUCAAGUUCUAGUCGACAUCAUUCUUCAUCAAGUUCUAAACAUCAUUCACCUAGUAGUAGUAGUAGUAAAAAAUCUUCAGAUCACAAUAAAAAUUCUUCAGACGAAAAAAAAAAGAAAAGUAGCAGCCAUAGCCGAAGUAGCUCUCAUAAGAGUUCCCGACAUCGACACCGUCAUAGUCAUUCUAAAUCUGAUAGAAGGGAAAAAGAAAGCCGCAGUUCUGAAAAAAAAUCCAUUGAUAAUGUUAAUUUAGUAUCCAGUGACGAUGAUGCUUCAAAGGAUGUAGGUAGUAAAAACGUAUCAGACGAAGAGGGAAGUGAAAUUGAAAACGAAUCCGAUACGAAAAAAAGAAAAAAUGUCUGGAAUGAAAAAGAUAAGGAUCACAAAUUGAUCAAAAUUUCAGAAGAGGAAUCAUUCUACGAUUUUGAUGAUGAUCCGGAAACCGUCGAAAAAGAAUGUCUGGAAAUAUUUAAUAGUUAUUCAACCCCGUCAGAUUCUAAUGAAAAAAAAUCAAAUGAAAUAACGAUACCCAGCGAAGAUUAUGAAAGUACAACUCUUGGAAAGAAAAGAAAAGCUCAUUCUACUGACGUUCUGUCUGAUCAUUCAGUUUUGAGAAUGAAAACCGUUAAAAAGCCAAACACAAUCAAAUCCGCCCAGGAAGUUAUGUUAGAAAGAUAUAAAAUAAUUGAAAAAGCCAAAGAAAGUUCAACCCCUGUCCCAACAUCGACUCACUCUGCUCCAAUUCCAGGAUUGAAUCGUUCGAAUGUGAGAAUUGCUGCCGUUUCAAAUAUACAACAAAUGUUAGAAGCAAAAAAAGCCUUACAAGAAAAAAUUAGUCAAAAAUCAAAAGUUAACGAAAAACCUACUGUCGCCCAAACCGUCGCUAGAGGUGGCACAAGAGUGGCUCAUUCGGUUUCUUCAAAGACUACAAUAACCUCUGGAUCAAAAGUUAUUCCUCCCGUAAAGAGACAAAUUUACCUUGACAAAUUGAUACUCGAAACAAGUCAAAUUUAUCCGACCAAAGAAGAAUCCGAAGAAGAAGCUUUAAAAAUGGAGGAAGAAGUUUUCAAAGCUCAUUCCGGGUCGCUUGCAGCUUAUCAUUCUUCUUUCGUUUCCUUACUGAUGAAAACUAGAAGAAGGGUUUCUGCAGUCAAAGGAAGUACGACUUCAAAUGCCUCAAAACCUAAAAUGUCACACUACGACGUUCUUGCUAGAGGAAAGAAAAACUUUAGCGUUUUAAAAACUAAAAGACUGGAUAUAAGCAUGCUAACAGAACGACACAUUUACGAAGAACUCCUCAGAUGUAAAUUGACGCCCGAAGAAUUAAAAACAAAUAGUUAUCCAUUAGAAGGUAGUAAACCUGGUUAUGCAAUAUGUACCUUAAACUUUGAACUAAAAUACAACGCACACUAUUUGCAUAUAAAAAAACUAACGGGGAAUCGUAGGUACUGCGUUCGAUGUUCUAAAGAAUACGAAGUACAUCCUGUUACAUUAAAACAAUACAUAGAAGGACCUGAUACUUGCAGUUACCAUCCGGGGAAGAAAAAAUCAGGAGGUAGAAAUUCCGAGAGGAUUUAUAAUUGUUGUAACAGUUCGUCGACUGAAGGAUGUGCAUCACACGUGAGACACGUGACGGAUUGUAACGAUUAUGAUAAUCUUCCGAAUUGUGUGAAAACUCUAUCGAAAGACGAUUUAACCGAUCCGGGAGUUUUCGCAUUGGACUGCGAAAUGGUUUACACGAGAUUAGGUUACGAAUUAGCACGUGUAACUGUUGUCAAUUUAAAAAAAGAAAUCGUGUAUGAUACGUUAGUUAAGCCAAAGUACCCUAUAGAAUGUUACAAUACAUUUUACUCAGGAAUCGAAGAAAAAAUGAUGGAGGGAGUAACGACAACAUUAAAAGACGUUCAAGCCGUUCUUCUCAGUAUGUUUUCAAAUAAAACAAUAUUAAUAGGACAUUCUCUUGAUAGUGAUCUACGAGCAUUGCAUCUAAUACAUGACACGGUUGUCGAUACUGCCAUUUUUUACAAACACGAAAAAUUUCACCCAUAUAAGUAUUCACUGAGAGAACUUUGCGCUAGGAAAAUUUCAAAAAUAAUUCAAGAAAAUGUUGGUGGCCACGAUUCUGCCGAAGAUGCAAUCGCAGCUUUGGAAAUUAUGUUGAAUCACGUGAAAGAAGAAGUUAGUAAAUAUGACAGUUUAGAAUCUUACGAAGCGGACAAAAUUCAAUAA